UAAAAUUGAGUGGACGAAUUUGUGUUCUACAAGAGCGAGAAAGAGAAAGAGAGAGAGAGAGAGAGAGAGAGAGAGAGAGAGAAUAUUUCAUUUAUAUUUUUCACAAUCCAAUUUGUCAUUCUAGUGGCGUGGAUAGGAGAAAUAGACUACAACAACUUAUAUCACGAUUUGGUUGAAGGAAUAUAUUAAAAAUUAAUUAUUGGUAUUUUACAAUUAAUAUAUUGCUUCAAGUGCCAAGUCUUUCGUUAAUAUCUACAUUAUUUACAUUAAUAUCAUUUAAAUUAUUCGAGGCAAUUAAUUUAGCAUUGCGAUAUUGAUGACAAAAGUUGAUAGAAAAGAUUGGAUAAAAAGAACUACAUUCUCGGAACUUUUUUUGAAAUUUAGAUAGAAACUCAUUAAAUAAGUAUGAUGUGUUUUACUAAAUUAAUACGAAUCUUAACGCAAACAUUUUAUAGGUCAUUUUCGUUCGUAGCUAGUAUUGCUAUUAAAAAUGGUAUUGCUUUUAUGCUAUUUUUAUCAGUCUGUAUAGUAUUAGUAUCAAUUAGUGAGACAAAUACUAAAUUCGAUACAAAAAGAAACAUUAAGAAUAAUGAACAAAUUUGGAAAUAUACACGAAUGACACAUUCAUUCUGGAAGGAGAAUGAAGAUGAAUUAAUCUUUAUAUUAUGUUUCUUUCUUCUGUGUCUGAUACUUAUUUUUCUUGCAAUAGGAUGUCUUAAAACUAAAUACAGUCAAAUCUUGAUAUCCUGGUGUUAUCGAAAUUUUUUUGAUACUCAAGUUGACAUAAAUUAUCCUCUGCCUAGAGACAAUAACUAUUGGCAAGCCCGUUAUCGUAAUAACAGAAUUUACUGGAAUGACAAUGCAUUGCAAUACCAACCACCAGAGGAUAUUUAAUUCGAAAAAUUUCAUUGAUGUUUUACACAUUGUCACAAAGACAUUUACUUAUAGUAAAUCUUGAUCAAAUCUAUUAAAUCUAUUAUGUGAAACCCGAGUCUCAACUUUAAGUCUUCUUAAACUAUAGUUUUUCUGCAUGAU